UUUCGUAAUUUCUUGUGCGACGAAAGUCCAUUUUAUUUGAAUAUGAAGGCUACAAAUAACGGAUUCUGCCUGAGGCUAUUCUCCAACGAUGAUUGAGUCCAUUUAGUACCGAUUUGGGCGGAUUUAUUCCGGGUCAAUUUAUGGCCGAUUCCAAAGGGGUACCAUCACAGAUUUCGGGCGAUUUAUCUGAAAUGCCAUUUUCUUUCGAUUCUGGAAGCUACAGAUCCCGGAAUCAGGUCGAGGCUAUUAUCCACCGAUUAUGAAGUCUAUUGAUCCUAUUCUCCACGGAUGAUAAGUCCGUUAAGCAUCGAAUUGGGCCAAUUUAUUUUUGGAUGACAUUUUCGUAAUUUCUUGUGCGUCGAAACUCUAUUUUCUUUGAAUAUUGAAGGCUACAGAUCAUGGAUUCAGCCUGUGGCUAUUCUCCAACGAUGAUUGAGUCCAUCAAGCACCGAUUUGGGCGAAUUUGUUCCGUGUCAAUUUAUGGCAGAUUCCAAAGGGGGUACCAUCACAGAUUUCUGGCGAUUUAUCCGAAAUGCCAUUUUCUUUCGAUUCUGGAAGCAACAGAUCCCGGAAUCAGGUCGAGGCUAUUAUCCACCGAUAAUGAAGUCUAUUGAUCCUAUUCUCCACAGAUGAUAAGUCCGUUCAGCAUCGAUUUUGGCCUAUUUAUUUUCGAAUGGCAUUUUCGUAAUUUCUUGGGCGACGAAAGUCCAUUUUCUUUGUAUAUUGAAGGCUACAGAUCACGGAUACGGCCUGUGGCUAUUCUCCAACGAUGAUUGAGUCCAUUUAGCACCGAUUUGGACAGAUUUAUUUCGGGUCAAUUUUUGGCAGAUUCCUGAGAGGUAUCAUCACAUAUUUUGGCGAUUUAUCCGAAAUGCCAUUUUCUUUUGAUUCUGGAGGGUACAGAUCACGGAAUCAGGCCGAGGCUAUUAUCCACCGAUAAUGAAGUCUAUUGAUCCUAUUCUCCACGGAUGAUAAUUCCGUUAAGCUUCGAUUCGGGCCAAUUAAUUUUCGGAUGGCACUUUCGUAAUUUCUUGGGCGACGAAAGUCCAUUUUCUUUGAAUAUUGAAGGCUACAGAUCACGGGUUCGGCCUGAGGCUAUUCUCCAACGAUGAUUGAGUCCAUUAAGCACCGAUUUGGUUGGAUUUAUUCCGGGUCAAUUUUUGGCAGAUUCCAAAGGGGUACCAUCAAAUAUUUCGGUUUAUUUAUCCCAAAUGCCAUUUUCAUUCAAUUCUGUAGGCUACAGAUCACAGAAUCAGGACGAGGCUAUUAUCCACCGAUAAUGAAGUCUAUUGAUCCUAUUCUCCACGGAUGAUAAGCCCGUUAAUCAUCGAUUUGGGCCAAUUUAUUUUCGGAUGGCAUUUUCGUAAUUUCUUGGGCGACGAAAGUCCAUUUUCUUUGAAUAUGAAGGCUACAGAUCACGGAUUCUGCCUGAGGCUAUUCUCCAACGAUGAUUGAGUCCAUUAAGCACCAAUUUGGGCGGAUUUAUUCCGGAUCAAUUUUUGGCAGAUUCAAAAGGGGUACCAUCACAGAUUUCGGCCGAUUUAUCCGAAAUGCCAUUUUCUUUCGAUUCUGGAGGCUACUAAUCACAGAUCUGUGCGAGGCUAUUAUCCAGCAAUAAUGAAGUCUAUUGAUCCUAUUCUCCACGGAUGAUAAGUCCGUUAAACAUCGAAUUGGGCCAAUUUAUUUUUGGAUGACAUUUUCGUAAUUUCUUGGGCGACGAAACUCUAUUUUCUUUGAAUAUUGAAGGCUACAGAUCAUGGAUUCGGCCUGUGGCUAUUCUCCAACGAUGAUUGAGUCCAUCAAGCACCGAUUUGGGAGAAUUUGUUCCGUGUCAAUUUAUGGCAGAUUCCAAAGGGGGUACCAUCACAGAUUUCGGGCGAUUUAUCCGAAAUGCCAUUUUCUUUCGAUUCUGGAAGCAACAGAUCCCGGAAUCAGGUCGAGGCUAUUAUCCACCGAUAAUGAAGUCUAUUGAUCCUAUUCUCCACAGAUGAUAAGUCCGUUCAGCAUCGAUUUUGGCCUAUUUAUUUUUGAAUGGCAUUUUCGUAAUUUCUUGGGCGACGAAAGUCCAUUUUCUUUGUAUAUUGAAGGCUACAGAUCACGGAUACGGCCUGUGGCUAUUCUCCAACGAUGAUUGAGUCCAUUUAGCACCGAUUUGGACAGAUUUAUUUCGGGUCAAUUUUUGGCAGAUUCCUGAGAGGUAUCAUCACAUAUUUUGGCGAUUUAUCCGAAAUGCCAUUUUCUUUUGAUUCUGGAGGGUACAGAUCACGGAAUCAGGCCGAGGCUAUUAUCCACCGAUAAUGAAGUCUAUUGAUCCUAUUCUCCACGGAUGAUAAUUCCGUUAAGCUUCGAUUCGGGCCAAUUAAUUUUCGGAUGGCACUUUCGUAAUUUCUUGGGCGACGAAAGUCCAUUUUCUUUGAAUAUUGAAGGCUACAGAUCACGGGUUCGGCCUGAGGCUAUUCUCCAACGAUGAUUGAGUCCAUUAAGCACCGAUUUGGUUGGAUUUUUUCCGGGUCAAUUUUUGGCAGAUUCCAAAGGGGUACCAUCAAAUAUUUCGGUUUAUUUAUCCCAAAUGCAAUUUUCUUUCAAUUCUGUAGGCUACAGAUCACAGAAUCAGGACGAGGCUAUUAUCCACCGAUAAUGAAGUCUAUUGAUCCUAUUCUCCACGGAUGAUAAGCCCGUUAAUCAUCGAUUUGGGCCAAUUUAUUUUCGGAUGGCAUUUUCGUAAUUUCUUGGGCGACGAAAGUCCAUUUUCUUUGAAUAUGAAGGCUACAGAUCACGGAUUCUGCCUGAGGCUAUUCUCCAACGAUGAUUGAGUCCAUUAAGCACCGAUUUGGGCGGAUUUAUUCCGGAUCAAUUUUUGGCAGAUUCAAAAGGGGUACUAUCACAGAUUUCGGCCGAUUUAUCCGAAAUGCCAUUUUCUUUCGAUUCUGGAGGCUACUAAUCACAGAUCUGUGCGAGGCUAUUAUCCAGCGAUAAUGAAGUCUAUUGAUCCUAUUCUCCACGGAUGAUAAGUCCGUUAAACAUCGAAUUGGGCCAAUUUAUUUUUGGAUGACAUUUUCGUAAUUUCUUGGGCGACGAAACUCUAUUUUCUUUGAAUAUUGAAGGCUACAGAUCAUGGAUUCGGCCUGUGGCUAUUCUCCAACGAUGAUUGAGUCCAUCAAGAACCGAUUUGGGCGAAUUUGUUCCGUGUCAAUUUAUGGCAGAUUUCAAAGGGGGUACCAUCACAGAUUUCGGGCGAUUUAUCCGAAAUGCCAUUUUCUUUCGAUUCUGGAAGCAACAGAUCCCGGAAUCAGGUCGAGGCUAUUAUCCACCGAUAAUGAAGUCUAUUGAUCCUAUUCUCCACAGAUGAUAAGUCCGUUCAGCAUCGAUUUUGGCCUAUUUAUUUUCGAAUGGCAUUUUCGUAAUUUCUUGGGUGACGAAAGUCCAUUUUCUUUGUAUAUUGAAGGCUACAGAUCACGGAUACGGCCUGUGGCUAUUCUCCAACGAUGAUUGAGUCCAUUUAGCACCGAUUUGUACAGAUUUAUUUCGGGUCAAUUUUUGGCAGAUUCCUGAGAGGUAUCAUCACAUAUUUUGGCGAUUUAUCCGAAAUGCCAUUUUCUUUUGAUUCUGGAGGGUACAGAUCACGGAAUCAGGCCGAGGCUAUUAUCCACCGAUAAUGAAGUCUAUUGAUCCUAUUCUCCACGGAUGAUAAUUCCGUUAAGCUUCGAUUCGGGCCAAUUAAUUUUCGGAUGGCACUUUCGUAAUUUCUUGGGCGACGAAAGUCCAUUUUCUUUGAAUAUUGAAGGCUACAGAUCACGGGUUCGGCCUGAGGCUAUUCUCCAACGAUGAUUGAGUCCAUUAAGCACCGAUUUGGUUGGAUUUAUUCCGGGUCAAUUUUUGGCAGAUUCCAAAGGGGUACCAUCAAAUAUUUCGGUUUAUUUAUCCCAAAUGCCAUUUUCUUUCAAUUCUGUAGGCUACAGAUCACAGAAUCAGGACGAGGCUAUUAUCCACCGAUAAUGAAGUCUAUUGAUCCUAUUCUCCACGGAUGAUAAGCCCGUUAAUCAUCGAUUUGGGCUAAUUUAUUUUCGGAUGGCAUUUUCGUAAUUUCUUGGGCGACGAAAGUCCAUUUUCUUUGAAUAUGAAGGCUACAGAUCACGGAUUCUGCCUGAGGCUAUUCUCCAACGAUGAUUGAGUCCAUUAAGCACCGAUUUGGGCGGAUUUAUUCCGGAUCAAUUUUUGGCAGAUUCAAAAGGGGUACCAUCACAGAUUUCGGCCGAUUUAUCCGAAAUGCCAUUUUCUUUCGAUUCUGGAGGCUACUAAUCACAGAUCUGUGCGAGGCUAUUAUCCAGCGAUAAUGAAGUCUAUUGAUCCUACUCUCCACGGAUGAUAAGUCCGUUAAGCAUCGAUUUGUGGCAAUUUAUUUUCGGAUGACAUUUUCGUAAUUUCUUGGGCGACGAAAGUCCAUUUUCUUUGAAUAUUGAAGGCAACAGAUCACGGAUUCGGCCUGUGGCUAUUAUCCAACGAUGAUUGAGUCCAUUAAGCACCUAUUUGGGCGGAUUAAUUCCUGGUUAAUUUUUGGCAGAUUCCAAAGGGGUACCAUCUCAGAUUUCGGGCGAUUUAUCCGAAAUGCCAUUUUCUCUCGAUUCUGGAGGCUACUGAUCAUGGAAUCAGUCCGAGGCUAUUAUCCACCGAUAAUGAAGUCUAUUGAUCCUAUUCUCCACGGAUGAUAAGUCCGUUAAGCAUCGAUUUGUGCCAAUUUAUUUUCGGAUGACAUUUUCGUAAUUUCUUGGGCGACGAAAGUCCAUUUUCUUUGAAUAUUGAAGGCUAUAGAUCACAGAUUCGGCCUGUGGCUAUUCUCCAACGAUGAUUGAGUCCAUUAAGCAACGAUUUGGUUGGAUUUAUUCCGGGUCAAUUUUUCGCAGAUUUCAAAGGGGUACCAUCAAAUAUUUCGGUUUAUUUAUCCGAAAUGCCAUUUUCUUUCGAUUCUGGUGGCUACAGAUCACGGAAUCAGGCCGAGGCUAUUAUCCACAGAUAAUGAAGUCUAUUGAUCCUA